AUGGAGACCGAUUACCUGGUUAAGAGAGGAUACUGCAAUGGGAUGCUGGAGGAGGAUGUGCCUGACCCUGACGUUACGGGCUGGGGAAUCGUAUCUUCGUUUUGCUUUUCCAUCGUAAUGAAUAUGAUCGCCAUUAUGGUAGCAUAUGCGGCAAAUGCGCUACCUGAGGAACGUUACAAGUCAAUAGACAGCAUCGCCUACCGUCGCGUGUCGCAGGCAGAGAGGCAGCGACGUAUCAAAGCCUUCGAGUCGUUCAUGCUAUCUUUGAGCGAUCAGCAACUUGUCACUGGCAUGGCUCUCAUGCUGGCAACGAUACUGAUAUUCUCGGGGAUUCAUGACCUGGAUGAUAGCUUCUCGGUGUACUCGUUUCAAAUCGCGACCCGACUCGGUUACUUCUCGUGCAUCACGCACCUUUGUUCCCUCUCAGUACUAUGGGAAUACUUUGACCGACAUAAUUGGCUGCGAAUAUUUCGAACCAUUCUUAUGGUGGCUUUUCUAGUCAUGAUGAUUGGUUGCAUGAUCAUAUCAGACUCUGUGACGUUUCGCUUCAAUCGCCACGUUUCGGUCAAGUGUGCGAGAGAGCAUUUCAAGUUGAUUGAUCGAGAAAGACCGAACUACGUCUUCUUCUCUGACGAAUUCAUUAUUAUCUUCAACUUAUCCGUAUUGACUUACAUUCUUAUAUCUGGAUAUGUUCAAAGGUCUUUACAACUGUACUGCAUGCCGGCACGCGACGAACAAGACUUUUGGCAAUGUCGUUCCUUACGAGCUCUGUUUGGAUCUGAUACCGAGGAUCGGUUCAAGAGCCUUGACAAGAACAAAACAUUAGCGGACAUCAGAUCUAGUUUUCUCUGGGAGAUCGUGUGGCUAUUCUUCUACUUCACAUUUGGGACCGCGAAUCUCCUCAGAUUCUUCGAUGAUGCCACUUUGAAUAUUGGAGCUAUAAAACCAAAUUUCGGGCAGCUCGUACCUUUAUUUCUUCUGGCUCUUCCUUUGAUCACAGCCACUGAAGCUUAUACAAGUAAGUGA